GAUCAGCGGUGCUUCCUGCGCGGCUGUACCGACCAGAGAGCCACCGAACCCGGCGUGAAGUGCAAUCAUGGCCCGUCCUGCUACUUUAGAGCACUAUAAAGCUGGAAUGUUGCUGAGUGGAGUUGGAGAUGCUCUUGGAUACAGGAAUCAACUGUGGGAAUAUAACGAGUCCGGCCCGGCCAUCCAUCAGGAACUACAGGAGCUUGGAGGACUGAAGAACAUCACUGUUAAACUUCCUGAUUGGCCAGUUAGUGACGAUACAGUUCUUCAUUUGGCCACCGCUGAAGCUUUAGCCACAGGAAAGGAAGGAGAGGAGCUGCUGCACGAGGUGGCGUCCUGUUACGUGGAGGGUAUGAAGGACAUGGAAGGAAGGAAACCGGGACCAUCCAGCAUCCUGGGUGUGUCUCAGUUAAAACCAGGUACUGCAGGAGGCUACAGAAUCGCCUAUAAUCCAGAAGGAACAGGAUGUGGUGCUGCCAUGAGGUCCAUGUGUAUCGGUUUAAGGUACCCUCGGCCGGAGCAGCUCCCCUCACUGGUAGCAGUGGCUGUAGAGACCGGCAGAAUGACACACCCACAUCCAACCGGAUUCCUCGGUGCUGUGGCUUCUGCUCUCUUCACAUCCUACGCCGUCCAGCGGCGUCCACUAACCAGCUGGGGGCUGGGUUUGCUCAAGGAGGCGUGUCCGAUAGCAAAGGAGUUUGUGCGGUCAGCAGGAUACGCCGUUACUGAGACUGAGAGAGACUGGCAGUACUUCAUCGACAAAUGGCAAUGGUAUCUGGACUUGAGGGGAUUAUCAUCUGGAACUGGUCCUGCUGUAUUUCCCGACCAGUACGGUCCUGCUGAACGGGACGAGGCUUACAAGAGCUUCAGUCUCUCCGGAUGGGCAGGACGAAGUGGUCAUGAUGCACCCAUGAUAGCACUGGAUGCCCUUCUCGGGGCAGGGUCGAACUGGGAGGAGCUCAUGAACCGAGCAGGAUUUCAUGGAGGAGACAGUGACAGUACAGCGGUGAUUGCGUGUUGUUGUUGGGGUCUGAUGUAUGGGCUGGAGGACGUACCCGAAUGCAACUACAUCAACCUGGAGUACAGGGAGCGACUGGAGAACAGUGCAGAGAAGCUCUACCACCUUUCACAUUGAAGCCAGCAUCAUCUGGCAUGGAGAAUCAUGGACGGUCAACACAAUUACAUUUAUUUAAGGGCAAGCCGCAGCCUAGUGGUAAGGGUACUGGACUAGUAACCAGAAGGUCGCUGGUUCAAGGCCCUUGAGCAAGGUCCAUAACCCUCAAUUGGUCAGAUUGUAUACUGUAAUAGGACUGUAAGUCGCUUUGGAUAAAGGUGUCUACUAAAUGCUGAAAAUGUAAAUGUAUUUAGCCAGCUUACCAUGCUACAAAGCUUUCCACGUUUUUGGCUUCUGGAAACCAACACAUGCUCUAACCCUAAGUUCAAAAAGUCUCCAUAAAGUUCUACAGGAACACUAUUCCACAAUUUAAUGUAGUUCUACUAGAGCUGAAAAAAAAAAGAAAAAUAGAUUAACAUUUUUAGGUGCAAAAGGAUCUUUCAAUGGCUUUUAAGAAAAGCCUCUGCAAAACCACAGUAAGGACCAUUUUUGCAUGUGACGUAUCCAGGAGUGACAUGUCAAGGUCUCAAUAAAAUUCAUUUAAAUCAUUUAUAAAAAUCAUUUAAAGUUUUGUCAUGACUCCACACUAUGGACAAGAAAAGGCAAAAUACUGCUCAUGGGAGGGCAGCAAAAAGAAAAAUAUGGUGUUAAUCAAAGAUCAGUUAAACUAUUUUCACAUCUUUAAAAUCAGCAUUUUAUAGUUAGAAAAUGAUAUUAACAGUUAAAUGUGAUGGUAGAGUGAUGGUGUGGUGAUGUUUCCCUAUAUCAGGACCUGAACUAUAACUUACUUUAAUAAGCUAACAAUGAAUUCCAUUCUGUCCGAAAUUUCUCAAGGAAAUAAGGGCAUCUGUCCAUGAGCUGAAUCUACAUCCAGUGUUUUAAGUAGUCUUUCCCAAAGCACUAAAAAUGCCAUUAUAUAAAAAUGCACAUCUGUGACAAUACUGACAUGAUGUGAGGUUAUUUUAAUUAAAACUAUAUUGAUUCAAAGUGGGUGGCUCAGUGAGUAACACUGUCGCCUCACAGCAAGAAGGUCCUGUGUUCGAUCCCCAGGUGAAGAGGUCCGGGUCCUUUCUGUGUGGAGUUUUCAUGUUCUCCCCGUGUCUGCGUGGGUUUCCUCCGGGAGCCCCUGUUUCCUCCCGCAGUCCAAAUACAUGCAAGUGAGGUGAACUGCAGAUACAAAAGUAUCCUUGAGCAUGGUUAAAGGCGCUAUAUAAGUAUGACUUAUUAUUAUUAUUAUUAUUAUUACCUUGACCCUGAGUAGGAUCAAGCUAUGGUAAAACAAAGUACAAAACCAAGACUAUAAAAAUGUAAAUACAAAGAGAGCAAAGGUAUGCAGUUUCUUUGGACCCACAGUACAAACAUACACUGUCGCCUCAUGGCAAGAAGGUCCUGGAUUCCAUCCUCAGUUGGAGCGAUCCAUGUCCUUUUUGUGUGAAGUUUGCAUGUUCUCCCCGUGUCUGUGUGGGUUUCCAAAAUUGUCCAUGACUGUUUGAAAUUAAAGACUUGAACUGAUGAAUCUUGUGUAAUGAGUAACUACUGUUCCUGUCAUGAAUGUAACCAAAGUGUAAAACAUGACAUUAAAAUCCUAAUAAAUAAAUAAAUAUUGAUUUAAAGCAGAAGUUAGUGAUAAUUUAGAUGUUACAGCUCAUAUUGUUUCUUGAGAAAGACGUUUCCAUCUGGCUGCAGCUUCCUGGUCACUGUGGUGUUCUCCAACAUACCUUGUUCAUUGAGUUUCUGCCUGACCUUAAAAACAGAACACAGAUUUUAUUACUGAAAUAUGAUUAAAGUAU